AGUUGAACAUCUGCGGGAACUCAAACUGAGUUUUAUCAUCAUAUUUGUCCUCGUAGUGCAGCACAAAGUAACGUAUUGCUUUCAAAAUAGUUAUGAUGUCCUGUGUUGAUGAUGUGCUAAUAAUCAGGGUGCAGGACGCUGUGAAAGAAAUAGGAGCAGAGUUACAUCUAGCAAACAACUUCAUACCCGAGACAGCAAAAGGUAGAAAGAAUGAUGAUGAGAGGAGGAGUCAGCUGAUGGCUGCCAUCGAACACGUAAUGUUGGGCAUAGUGCGCAGUGUGGCAGAAGGGAAACCUCCCGUUCUGGCUCUGCGGAACCAGAGAGACUGGAAGAACGUCAAUUUCAGUCACUGGUUAGAGCUGAAGUCCGAAGGUCAAGCUUCUACAGUCGAGGUUAAGUUCAGUUCGAGUCGCAGCCGCACGAAGUUCUCACUCAUCUGCCACGUACUGGGCGUCAUCCACCGUCUGCUUUUCACACGGUCCACCUGCACCCGGAGACAGCUGUACUACCAGAAUGUGACGCUGAUAGGCAACCAAGGCCUUCUGGACGCUGCAGUCCGCGACAUAUGCUGCCUUCUGAAAGCCCCAGCCUGGGAGCUAGGAAUCACCGCCACUUCCAAGGGUGUAGUCGCUGGGCCUCUGUCACUGGUCAUGGAAACCGGGGAUAUCAUUGACUGCACGGCACCAGGAGGGGUGCUGAUCCCUCAGGACCUGCACAAAGUUGUCCGGCUGGAGUCCAGUGCCCGUUUCGUAUUGCUGGUAGAAAAAGAUGCUGCAUUCCAGAAGCUGCUGGACGAGGGGGUACUGGAAAGACUGGGACCCUGCCUUCUGAUCACCGGAAAGGGGUUUCCCGAUGUGGCCACCCGUCUUCUGGUUCGACUGCUAUGGAAGUCCCUGGGAGUGCCUGUGUUGGCCCUGGUAGAUGCUGACCCUCACGGCAUUGAGAUCAUGUGCGUCUACCGCUUCGGGUCGCUGAAUAUGAGUUACCAAUCUGAUGAUCUGGCAGUUCCUGCCAUUCGGUGGCUUGGUGUGCACCCGACUGACAUCUCGCGGCUGGGAAUGAAAGCUCAGCCUUUCAGUGCAGCAGAUUUCAAGAAACUACGGAAGUUGUUGUCACGAUCGUAUAUCACAAGCCAUGAAGCACUCCGGGACCAGGUGAAGGCGCUGCUUUCCGGAGGAAGGAAGGCUGAAAUAGAAGGGGUGGCCAGAUUUUCCUCUUCCUAUCUCACCGACGCUUACAUUCCUAACAAGAUUUGCUGUCGAGAAGUGUUGUAACCUACAGAAGUGAAGACAUAUUUUACAGUUUAAAUAGCUUAAUGUCAUCUGAUUAGGAUUUAGAGAUAUAAUAUUUCUCUUCAUUGGAAACGUCCUGUAGUACGUGUUAGGGAGCUGUAUUAUCAAUUAUUGAGCAUUUCUGAAAGGAGAUAUCAUGUCCGAUAGAUGAAGAAUAACGAAACCUGGCCCCUUUGGCGGUGCAUCCAAGUGUUUCUGCCAGCUCGCAAGCAGAAAGCUACAAUUUACGUAUGUACACGUAUUGCGCUCCUUCGGUACUCACAAGUUAGUAUAAAUAACAGAGUGGGACGCCGCAUUAAUGUUGUUUGAUUGAUAAAACUAACAAGAUUUUAUCGAAAGAACGCCUCUUUACCAUCAAACACAAUAAUUAUUUUUAUGAUUUCCUAUGCCUCUGUAUUAUCAAAUACGACUUCAGAAUGCUUUAUUGUCGCCACGUUCGUGCCUUCUUACCCACGAAAAAAAUUAUAUACACGUUCAACUACAUUCAAGAUCUGGCUUCUUACUGAAAUUCACACUCCUAGUUGGAGUGGUUCCAAAUAAAAUAUGAAUAUCACGUGACCUGUGUGCUGUAUUUUACAUACUACAAAACCCAACCUUAAAUGUUGUUGCAUACUUUCUAGGCACCUUAUACCAUACAAAACUUUCAGGACUGCCUUAAUUGACGCUGGCUUCUCGUAUACUUCGUAAAUUCGAAAGCCACCUUGUUGUUACUUCUGUAAAAGGGGAUUAAGAAACAAGAUUUUCUCGAGGGCUGUAACAAUAGGAUGUCCAUAAAUUCUUUCACGGAGAUCCUUUAAUUUAUUCAGAUUUAUUGGAGUGGAUAGACACACGACACAGGGACAUGACGUACAAUUCCUUAAAGGAGAAAGUAGACAAAAUGUACUUGUAUCAACAGAACUUCCGUUUCAAAUUGUUCUCUUUUCAUUAAUACUGAAUAGAUUAGUUGUUUAAUAAGGUUUAAUGAAGGGGGCAUUUCAUUGUUUACUUUAAUUGUGUUCAAUAGAUAUUAACGCCUUCUUAUGUGCCCAUUCUAUGAAAAUAAUCGCUCGAUAAUCUUACAGAACUUUAUUUUGUCGUGCAGAAAUGUUAAUUUACA